CUACUCUAGGCCACCUUGUGAAAGUGGUCACCAGUAGUGUAGUCAUUAGGUCAUAGCCAUAGUGGUGAUAGGUGAGGAUUUUCAACAAAACACAAGACGACAAGUCAGUAAAAUGACAGUGGAUGUACUAAGUAUUUACCUUCUUACCUGGAAUGUGGUAACUGUGGAGCCUCCUUCAAGUGAUCAGUUGCAAAGUCUAUUGGAUUUGAGUGCUGAUUUCAUUGCUGUUGGUCUGCAAGAAGUGAAAUCACAACCACAAAAUAUUAUUUCAGAUUCUUUAUAUGAAGACCCGUGGACAAAUUCCUUAAGAGAUGUUUUGGCAAAAAAUAAUUAUGUCAAAAUCCAUACUGUGAGGUUAGUUGGAAUCCUGCUGUCACUUUUCUCAAAAAAGAAACACCUGACCUCUAUUAGAGAUGUGGAAACCUCAUUCACCAGAACAGGACUAAAUGGACUCUGGGGUAACAAAGGAGCUGUUUCCAUUCGUUUCAACUUUAAGGGAAGUUCCAUUUGCCUCGUCAAUUGUCAUCUUUCUCCCCAUGACAAAAAGCUUGAAAGUCGUAUAGCAGAUUAUCACUCCAUAGUCAAUUCACAAACAUUCCAUAAAGAAAAGAUCAGUUCUAUAUUAGAUCAUGAUUUAGUUUUUUGGUUUGGAGAUCUCAAUUUUCGGCUUCAUCCAGAUUCAUUUUCUACAAGCGAAAUUGUUGAUCUCGUUUCUCAAAACGAUCUGAAACCCUUGCUAGAAAAGGAUGAAUUAAAUGACACAAUUUCAAGUAAUAAAGCUUUUGGUGGAUUUUCGGAGUGCAAGAUCACUUUCAAGCCUACUUAUAAAUUCGUACUCAACUCAGAGGAAUACGAUAAAAAGAGACGACCGGCUUGGACUGAUCGUGUUAUUUAUCGUAGCUUCGAAAAUGUGGAACAGAAACCACAAAAGAAAGAAGUUGACAUAGUUCAGUGUAAAAAGUAUCAAAGCCAUAGUAAUUUCACAAUUAGUGAUCACAAACCUGUGUCCGCUCACCUUGAUAUACAAGUAAAAGGUGGUGUUCUAGACGUUGUCACAUUCGAUCCGAUUAAAUCUUGGAUUACAGGAACAGUCGGUAAAAUAAUUAUAACGCUACCAACUAGCAUCGAACUAUCUUCUUGGCAUUGGAUUGCAAUUUAUCGGGAGCAAUAUUCAAGCCUGGGCGAGUACGUUUCUUACAUGUGGAUUACUAAGCAACCUCUACCAAACCGACCAAGGUCGUAUGAAAUUAACGUUCCAGAAAAUAGUAUUCGCAUUCCCGGAAAGUACAUUGCUGCCUACAUGAGUGACACACAUCCUUAUCAUAUAAUGGGGAUUAGUCCUGUUUUUGAGGUAGAUGGAACCCAUUUGCAGUAUAAAGAAUUGUAACUAUUUAAAGCAAGUUUCAGCUUAAAAGGACUACAAAAGGAAACAUGUCAGCAUUUUUACCACUGGCAAAUAAAAAAAGUUUCAAAUGGUUAAUUCAAUAAAUAAAAUACGCCCUUG